GGCCGUGCCGAUCGGUCGACUCCGCUCAAGUGCGAGCCGCCUUAUGAAACCAGCGGUCAUCUUCCUUGGAGGCGGCAAAGACGGAUUAUGCUCUCUUGGCGCUCAAUCGCUUCUACUCUGAGUCUCCUAGGAAGAAAGAAAGGAGCGAGAAGCGUGCUUUCGGAGAGAGAGAGAGGUAGACAAAGAGGGGCGGCAGUGACUGCGGGGAGUCGUUUGUAGGAGAGGUUGGGAAGGAGGAGGAAGAAGGAAAAGGGGGCGGAGAGGGUGGUGAAGAGAUGGGGAAGAAGCAGCAUAGUAAGGAUAGGAUGUUCAUAACGAAGACGGAGUGGGCAACGGAGUGGGGUGGAGCCAAACCCAAGGACAGGGACAAGACUCCCUUCAAGCGGCUUCCUUUCUACUGCUGUUCCAUUUCCUUCACGCCCUUUGAAAACCCAGUCUGCACUGACGACGGCAGCGUCUUUGACGUAAUGAAUGUGGUGCCCUACAUCAAUAAAUAUGGGAAGCAUCCUGUGACAGGGAAGCCGUUGAAGGUGGCAGAUCUCAUCGACCUCCAUUUUCACAAAAACUCCGAUGGGGAGUAUCAUUGCCCAGUUUUAAAUAAAGCCUUUACAGAGUUUACACAUAUAGUUGCUGUGAAGACUACAGGAAAUGUUUUCUCAUAUGAGGCAGUACGAGAGCUUAAUAUCAAACCAAAAAACUGGAAGGAACUUCUUACAGAUGAACCUUUCACAAAAGAUGACAUCAUAACUAUCCAAAACCCUAAUGCUCUUGAUGUGAAGGUUCUGGGGGAUUUUGAUCAUGUUAAGAAUAGUCUUGCUGUUGAUGAUGAAGAGCUGAAGAAAAUGCGUGAGGACCCACUUUAUAACAUAAAUGCAGCUGGUGACAUAAAGCAAAUGCUGAAAGAGCUGGGAACUGACAAAGGAAAAGAAGCAGCACUACAUGGUGGUGGUGGUAAAAAAGCUCAAAGCGAACGAGCUGCUGCACUUGCUGUCAUUUUAUCUGUUCGAUCUAAGAUUAAGGAUGACAAAAAGUCAAGCUCAAGUUCAGAAUCCAAGACCACCCAAUCAUUUAGUAUAGUAGAUGCAGCUUCUGCUUCAGUACAUGGAAGAAGUGCUGAGGCUGCUAAAGCUGCAUCAAGUGAUAAGACUGCUGCACGUAUAGCAUUGCACAUUGCUGGUGAACGUGUGCCUGUUAAUGCAAAGAUGGUUAAAAGCAGUUUCACUACUGGAGCUGCCUCACGAUCCUUCACUUCUACAAGUUAUGAUCCAGUCACAAAGAACGAGUUCGAAUAUGUAAAAGUUGAAAAAAAUCCUAAAAAGAAAGGUUAUGUUCAACUGCAUACAACACAUGGAGAUUUGAACAUUGAGCUUCAUUGUGAUAUAACGCCCCGUGCAUGUGAAAACUUUAUCACUCUUUGUGAACGUGGAUAUUAUGAUGGCGUACCUUUCCACCGAAGUAUCCGGAAUUUCAUGAUACAAGGUGGUGAUCCAACAGGUACAGGAAAGGGUGGAGAAUCUAUAUGGGGAAAACCUUUCAAGGAUGAAUUGAACUCAAAAUUAGCCCAUUCCGAAAGAGGGAUUGUCAGUAUGGCGAAUAGUGGACCCCAUACCAAUGGAUCUCAAUUUUUCAUCUUAUACAAGUCUGCAAAGCAUCUGAAUGGAAAGCAUACUGUAUUUGGUAGAGUUGUAGGUGGACUGACCACACUUGCUGCUAUGGAGAAGGUUCCCGUAGACGAUAAUGACCGACCUCUGGAGGAUAUAAAACUUGUAAGUGUUACUGUGUUUGUCAACCCUUACACUGAACCAGAUGAAGAAGAAGAAAAGCAAGUUGCUGAAGGAAUUGUUGAUGAAGAGAACGAUAAAGUCGGUUCAUGGUAUAGCAAUCCCAGAGCGGGUGUAGCAGAACCUUCUGUUUCAGGCAAUGGGGUAGGAAAGUAUUUAAAAGCCCGGACUGCCAAGACCGAAACUGCCAUUGAUGUUGGCUUAUCAGAGAAUGGCUCUAAGAAGAAACAGAAAGUAGAAUCUUCAGCUUCAGCAAUUGAAUUUAAGGAUUUCUCUGCUUGGUAAGAUUCCUCGUGCUGUAACGGAGGUCUCAUUAGGGUGAAAAUAAACCCAUUUUCAUGUGAAUUAUGUACCAUAGCCAUUGUUGUAGCGGAAUGAAAAUGCUAAUAAAUUUGUUUAGCACA